AGAUGGCGGCUUGUUUCGUCAAUGCCGAUGUUGUGAGAUCUUGGGAAAAGACGGGGAAAACGGAGUUCACGAAGACUUGUAGGAAACUCAUUGAAAGCAACUCAACAUGGAGCCUUGGAUCAAAAUCUUUAAAGACUGCAAUGUACGAAAUUUGCUGGCAAGUGAUGAAAGGAAAUCUGAAAACAGAACAGGCCAUAUCUGCCAUAGGGGAUGUUAUGAAUUUACAGAAAGACAUCCCUUCCCUGAUGGCUGAUGUAUUGAGUAUUAUUGAUCUGGAGACGUCAACCAAUGAAGACAAGAUGCAGCGGGAUCGCUUCAUCUCAGUGGCAGCAGCCUGUGUGAUGUUUAUCCCUGAGCCAGUGCUGAAGGAGAGGUUAGACCAUGACACCCUGGAGAACAUAAGCCUGAUACAGUCCAAAGUACAGUUCACACAGAAAUACGUCAAGGUCAAGACGAAACUUUAUUACAAACAGCAGAAAUUCAACCUAAUGCGAGAGGAGAGCGAAGGGUACGCCAAAGUUAUUACUGAACUGAACCAAGAGAUUACAGAUGACAUCACCCCAACGUCAACUUUACAGACCAUCAAAUCUCUUAUAGGUUGUUUUGAUCUGGACCCUAACCGUGUGCUAGAUGUCAUGUUGGAGUCAUUUGAAUGUCGCUCGACUCUACAUAGCUACUUUGUGCCAUUGAUCAAGUCGUACAUGGCUGAGCAGGGAACAAUAUGCCAUAUCCUAGGAUUCAAGUUCCAUUUCUAUCAGGACCCUGCUGAUGAAACUACUCCUCAGUCGUUGUACAGGGUGGCUGCUUUACUUCUCAAACACAAGCUUGUGCAGUUAGAGGACCUGUACCCACAUCUGUCCCCAGCAGACAGUGCCAUAGCAGAACAACACAAGAAGCAGCUGAUGGAGGCCAAGCAGUAUGCUCGCAGUAAGAGCAUUGUUAGUCUGGCUGACAAAACCGAGGACAAGGAAAAAGACAUUGACAACAAAAUAGACCUGUUUGAGAGCAAUCAGAAGCUUGGAUUGAUCAAAGCUCUGAUAGAGGUAGAGGAUUGGCCUAACGCCAAGUGUAUCAUGGACAGAAUGCCUCCGUUCUUUGCAUCCUCUCACAAAGCCGUGUCUGCAGCUCUCUGUUCUCUGAUCCAUGCCAUCAUGGAGCCCCUGUACAGGAAGCACACAGGUCUUCCCAGCUCUGUAUCCAGGAAGAGGAUGAGGGAUGGCAGUCAGCAGCCAUUGGCUGUGGGGUCCAUCAACUCGUAUCAGGGUUUACACAGACAAGUGUUUCCCAUGCUCAGCUACCUGGGGCCCAGUCUACACAAUGAUGUCCUCCUCAUUGCCAAAAUCAUCCGUCUGGGCAAGGCUUUCAUGAACAUGAGGAGAGAUGGGGGUAUAUCCCCAGAGGAUGACCUGGCUUACUAUGGGUUUCUCACCAUGCUGGAUGAGGUGAUCUUACCCAGCCUCACCCUGCUUCCCUGUAACUGCUCUAUCUCAGAGGAGCUCUGGAGUCUUCUCAAACUCUACCCCUAUGAGCUCAGGUAUCGCUUGUAUGGUCGGUGGAAAAAUGAGACAUGUAACGUACACCCUGCCUUAAUUCGGGCUAAGGCAGACUGUCUGGACAGAGCGAAAUACAUAAUGAAACGUCUUGCUAAGGAGAAUGUGAAACCCUCAGGAAGGCAGCUAGGCAAACUCAGUCACAGUAGUCCCGGUACUGUGUUUGAAUAUGUGUUAUCACAGAUCCAGAGAUAUGACAAUUUCAUUGGCCCUGUGGUGGACUCAAUGAAGUUUCUAACAUCUCUGUCCUAUGACAUGUUGACAUACUGUAUCAUUGAAGCCGUGGCUAACCCAGAAAAGGAGCGUCUGAAGCACGAUGACACCAAUAUAUCACUGUGGUUACAGAGUUUGGCCAACUUUGCUGGGUCCAUAUGUAAAAAGUACCAGAUUGAGCUGACAGGAAUGCUACAGUAUGUAGCCAAUCAACUGAAAGCAGGCAAAAGUUUUGACCUGCUGUUGUUGAGGGAGAUACUACAGAAGAUGGCUGGUAUAGAGAUCUCUGAGGAGAUCACAGAUGACCAGCUGGAAGCCAUGUCAGGAGGGGAGCUUCUCAAGCAGGAGGGUGGAUACUUCUCUCAAGUGAGGAACACCAAAAAGUCGUCCACAAGGUUAAAAGAUGUAUUGUUGGAAAAUGAUUUGGCGUUGUCUCUGUGUAUGCUGAUGGCUCAGCAGAGGGAUGGGGUGAUCUAUCGUGAAGGCGAGGAACGGCAUCUCAAACUUGUGGGCAAACUCUAUGACCAGUGUCAGGACACCCUGGUGCAGUUUGGUAGUUUCCUGUCCAUGCAGCUGAGUACAGAAGAGUUUGUGAAGAGGCUACCAUCUAUAGACAUCCUGGUGUCUACAUUCAAUGUCCCACCAGAUGCUGCAUUCUUCCUCUCCAGAUCUCUGUACACGCAUGGAAUUGCUACAAAGUUUGAUGAACUGAAGAAAAUUGACAAAAGUAACAAGCAAACAUCUAGUCAGCAGAAGUUGCAGAGAUACUUGGAGGCUGUAGAGUCUGUGAUGAGUCCUGUUGUUGAGCUGGUCAGACCGUUGCACACCCCCAAAGUCUGGGAUGAUCUCAGCCCCCAGUUUUAUGUGACAUUUUGGUCCUUGUCCAUGUAUGAUCUGUGCCCCCCUUCUACCAUGUACGAGAAACAACUACAACAGCUCAAGUCACAAAUUGAUGCCAUAGAGGACAACAGAGAAUUGCCCCAGGGUAAGAAGAAGAAAGAGAAGGAGCGGUGUACAAGUCUGAAGGACAAGCUGCAGGAAGAGGAGAAGCGGCAGAACGAUCAUGUGGGUCGCGUAAUGGCAAGACUUAAGCAUGAAAAAGACACCUGGUUUCUCUCCAGAUCCACAAAGAAUGAGACGAUCACCCAGUUCCUGCAGCUAUGUAUCUUUCCGCGCUGUUGCUUCACUGCCAGUGAUGCUGUGUACUGUGCUAAGUACAUACAGAUACUUCAUGAUCUCAAGACCACCAACUUCUCCACCCUCAUCUGUUACGACAGGAUUUUCUGUGAUAUUACCUAUUCGGUGACAAGUUGCACUGAAAAUGAGGCUCAUCGUUACGGGAGAUUUCUUUGUGCAGCCAUGGACACCAUUAUGAGAUGGCACAGUGACCAGGCACUCUAUGAUAAGGAGUGUGCGUCCUACCCUGGCUUUGUGACUGUGUUCAGGAAGGGGGCAGAGGACAGUAACAACAAGGCUGACCAGCUGGACUACGAGAACUACAGACAUGUCUGUCACAAGUGGCAUUUCAGAAUAACAAAGGCGAUGGUGACUUGCUUAGAGUCUGGGAACUACAUCCAGAUACGGAAUGCCCUCAUCAUCCUGACAAAGAUUUUACCUCACUAUCCAAAGAUAUUACAGUUUGGCCAGGCUGUAGAAAGAAGGGUGGACAGGCUGAGACAAGAGGAGAAAGAGAAGAGGCCAGAUAUAUAUGCUCUAGCCAUGGGGUAUUCUGGUCAGCUAAAGGCUAAGAAAUCUUCAUGGGUUCCAGAGAAUGAGUUCCACCUGAAGGAGAAGGACCAGCAGAAAAAUCAGGCCAAGGCUGCCAAUGCUAAAGCUGAUGCUUCAAAGACACCUGCUGUAAAAGAGGCUGCAGCUAAGUGUCCUGAAGCCAAUGGUCAUGCUGCAGAGUCAAAUAAUAAAGAGAAGAAGGAUGGGAAGGCUCCCAGUUCAGUUGAAGUGCGGAAGUCAACAUCAGAGACAGACUCUAGGCACAGUAAAGGAGACCGAGAGAAAACGCACACAAAGAUUAGCAAGAGUAAGACGGAUGUGCAGGCUGACGAGCGUGGGAAGCAUGGACGAGACGAUGACGAGAGGGUGCGGACCGUCAGGGUCAAAGAGGAAGGUCGGGUCAAGGUCAAAGAGGAGAAGGUUUUGCGUUUGAAGGAGGAGAGUAAAGAGCUGGAUCGAGCGUCUAGUGUGGCAUCCAGUGGCAGCCAUGGGUCACAGCGUCGCAGUGCCGAACCCUCCCCCCACACAACUGAGGACAGAGAGCCCAAAAGAAGGAAGAUUGAAGCACCCGUUUCAGGUUCAAAGGAAAAAGUAGGUGCGAGUGAUCACGAAAAACACAAGAGGAGCCCAUCCAAUGACCGAGAUCGGGACAAGAAGGAAAGAAAAAGGGAUCAUAAUCGAAGUAGCCUUGAGAACAAUGGGAAGAAACACUACCAUGAAGAGCGAACAGUCACUGCUUCUGGGUCAAGCAGCAAACAGAACGGCCUCUCUGACAGGGAGGUGCUUCAAUCUUCCAGCAAAAGCCGGCUGAGGGAGGAGAGUGGGCCUUCUCGUGAUUAUGACAAGAGUAAACGGGAAUCGCGGGAGUUGUACAGCGAAACCCGGCGAGUGUCCACGGACAAGGAUCACUCUGCACACUGGGACGUGGACGAAUGGCUGGCCUCGCCCGGAGAAGUGGAAGGGUCCAGGUCUGAGUCUGAGCGUGUCCGCGACGAUAGCAAUCGCAGCUCACCACGGGAACGCCUCUCCUCCAAAGAUCUGAUAUCACCUAAACUAAAAAGGGACCGUGAAGUGGUAGAAGACAGUGCUAGAAGUCGAGAAGAGAAAAAAAAAAUUAAGAAGGAGAAAGGAGAGAGAGACAGGAGUGUAAAAGACAAAGUACGAUCAACAAAGAAAAUACGAAAAUGAUGAAUUGUGAAAGAAGAAACAUGCUUGCCGAAUUUCUGGACACAAGUUUUCAAAUCACACAUAUUCAUCACAUUGUUAUCCACUUGAGAAUUAACUUUAUUUUCAUGAAAAUUAAUUUUGCUUUGUACACAUAAAUUUUUCUCUAAGGCCUGAUGAUUAUGUCUCUUGUUUAAGUCACUGUACAGGGUAGUGUUUGUAGAUCUACACCUUGGAUUCUGUUCUUUACCAUAUUGUGGAUGGAAGAUUCAGAACUGAUAGCUGUGUUUUAAUGUGCCUCCUUGACCCUUAGUAAUGUGUGUGCUAUACAGAACUACAUGACUGUGAUGUUGGGCCAAGCGUGAAAACUUUAAAUUUUUAUUCUGUUAAAAAAAAAAUCGAUGACUGAGAAGUGUGAGAAAAGGGGUUCUUCACUGAAAAGUUACGCCAGAACAUGUGUUAGUGUAAAUGAGAAAUGAUCAGAUCGUUCAUUUGGAUGGUGUGUCGGUGGAGGAUAAUGGCAGUUAGUUAAAUCAGGCUAGAUGUUUACAAAGGGGAAUAUCUACUUUUAUAAAGAAUGAAAUGUAAAACAUUCAUGGUUCAAAGAUGGUUUUUUUAAUACUGUGUUUACCGAGUCAGUACAUCCCAGUUAUUUGUGACGUAUUCAUCAGUACCAUCAGGCAUUAAGUUUUGAUAACAGAAUUUGAGCAAGAGGAAAUCUCAAAUAUAUUGUACAUACAA